UGAAAGGCUUUUCGAAACCUCUUGAGGACAAGCAGUGGACUGCUUUCAACUGUACCGAAGGCAAAUCUAAUGUUAGUGACAGCAUCUUUUGUGUUCACGGUCCUGUUGGCCCGCCAACAAUUUCUGGCGAAGAUAAUUUGGUAGCUGGGAGACCUACCAACCUGACAUGCACAAUCUACAACGUCUACCCAGAACCGAACAUUGAAUGGUUUCUCCAUGGAGUAGGCCAAUGGUUUCUCGGACCUGAUGAGAACAUCACAAUGAACGCGUCUCUUCACACUACAUUGGAUAACAGUUCAAGUCUAUUCAACGCAACCAGUUCGCUUUCGUUCACUCCACGGUCGCAGGAUAAUGGACAGAAUCUGACAUGCAAUGUAUUUCCAUCCGUGGCAAAUGUUUGGACACCAAAAAAUGCAUCUAUUCAACUGCGUGUCUCGAACGACUCUGGCCAAUCUGACGAAAUAAGGGUGGAAAGUGCAACCUCGUCCUCUCUCUUCAUUUCCUGGGAUCUUAAGCGUGACAACAUAACACUGAGAUACUGUCUAAACAGCACUAUGGACUCUGACAAUGUGACGACAUCGAAAAAUCUGACCUGCCCAGACUACAGGGAGGUAACUGAUGACCUUAAUGGAACCAGUUACAACCUGACAGGAUUGGAUCCAUUUCAGUGGUAUAACGUGACUUUGCUUGUUGGUGGAAAUGUGGUUGCCUUUAAUAUAUCUUCAACUGCUCCACCCUUACCGGAAUAUUAUGGUGUUUUCAUGACAUACACUCCACAAAAAGAAAAGUUGAAGAUUACAAAGCUGCCAUAUAUGAACAGGACGGUUCCUUCAGAUCUCUGCUUCGUCGUUAUUCAAACACGAGACCAAAUCAGACACAACUGCUCAAAUGGCUGCUGUAAACCUGGAUCGACCUUUUCGAUAGCAGACAUCACAGGCUACGGGCUAAUCAGCAGUGGUCGACUACUCCGUAGUCUACCAUCUCCACCAGUCAGUAAGUAUUGA